UUGUCCUUACUUUCUGCCAUGGGGCUCUGCCACUUUGCCAUCUUGGCACUGGCCCUUCUGUUGCUGCUGCAGCCUCUGGGACAGGUGGAUGCUUGGAAGAUGAAACAGCAUCAAGAGUGCAGAGACAGGCAGCUGGAAACCAGCAGCACAAACUGCUCAUCAGAGAAGACCACAGCCUGGGUCAGAUACCCCCACAGGAUGGAUUCAAUGCAAAAGCAGGACCUCCGGAGGCCUAAGAUCCACGGGGCAGCCCGGGUUGCCCCCUACCAGCCCCCAACUCUUGCUUCACUGCAGCACCUGCUGUGGGCCCACCGGGCCCCUACGCUGACCCACGUCAAUGAGGUCUGGCCCAACCUCUUCCUGGGAGAUGCGUAUGCAGCCCGGGACAAGAACAAACUGAUCCAGCUGGGCAUCACCCACAUUGUGAACGCUGCUGCAGGCAAGUUUCAAGUGGACACAGGUGUCAAGUUCUACCGUGGAAUGUCCUUGGAGUACUAUGGCAUUGAGGCUGAUGAUAACCCCUUCUUUGACCUCAGCGUCUACUUUCUGUCUGUUGCUCGUUACAUCCGAACAGCCCUCAGUGUUCCCCAUGGCCGUGUGCUGGUACACUGUGCCAUGGGGGUGAGCCGCUCUGCCACGCUUGUCCUGGCCUACCUCAUGAUCUGCGAGAACAUGACACUGGUGGAAGCCAUCAAGGCGGUGCAGGCCCACCGUGAUAUCUGCCCCAACUCAGGCUUCCUCCGGCAGCUUCAAGUUCUGGACAACCGACUGGGGCGGGAGACAGGGCGGCUCUAA